CAAGCAUGAUACUGGGCCGGGCUGGGCCCAGAGCUCAGAGAGCAUAAUUAGGGUCAACCCGGAUAACAGAAAUCGGGUUUAGCUCCGAAUAAAAAAGAGCUGAACCAAAACGGGGAAGGAAAAUCUGACCAGUGAGAUCGCCGGAGUACGAAACAGGCAAGAAACCCACUCGAUUCCAAGUAUUAUCCACUUCAAUUCCACACCAUAGAUUCAGAGUGAGAUUUAAGAAGAAAUGGGAUUGAGGGCGGUGAACUGAUGUCAUUGUUCUGGAUUGUGAUUCGUCAACUUGCAGAGAUCGAAGAAAUGGCUACGUCGAAGAAAGUGAUUACUAGGGAAGAGUGGGAGAAGAAGCUCAAUGAUGUAAGGAUUAGGAAAGAAGACAUGAAUAGGUUGGUGAUGAAUUUUCUUGUCACUGAAGGGUAUGUUGAUGCUGCUGAGAAAUUCCGGGCAGAAUCUGGAACUGAACCAGAUAUAGAUCUUGCAACGAUUACUGAUCGAAUGGCUGUUAAGAAGGCUGUACAAUGUGGCAAUGUUGAGGAUGCUAUUGAGAAAGUGAAUGAUCUAAAUCCAGAGAUAUUGGAUACAAAUCCCCAGUUGUUUUUCCAUCUUCAACAGCAAAGGUUAAUCGAACUAAUCAGAAAUGGAAAAGUCGAAGAGGCUCUCGAGUUUGCUCAGGAAGAGUUAGCACCAAGGGGGGAAGAAAAUCAAAGCUUUUUAGAAGAGUUGGAGAAAACGGUCGCUCUUCUAGCUUUUGAAGAUGUCUCAAACUGUCCUGUUGGUGAGCUUUUGAACAUAUCGCAGCGCCUCAAGACAGCAAGCGAAGUAAAUGCAGCCAUCCUAACUAGCCAGAGUCAUGAAAAAGAUCCUAAGCUUCCAAGUUUGUUGAAGAUGCUUAUAUGGGCACAGAAUCAGCUUGAUGAGAAAGCAGCAUAUCCUAGGAUAAACGAUUUAUCCAAAGCCACAUUAGAAGACCCUUCAGUUUGAUUAAAAAGAAAGAACUCAACUUGUUGUUGUUAUGAUGAUGAUGAUGAUUGAUUGAAUUGAUAUGAUAUGAGAUACUUUUGAGUUUCCAAAUUCAUGUAUGUACCUUAAUUGAUGAAAAUGAAAAAGAAAAAAAAAAGUGACUCUUGUCUCUCAUUUUCCUCUUGAAUGUAACAUCACUAUUUUCAUGUCAUUUCUCUUCUUUAUCUAUUUUCAUUAACAAUAAAUAGAAAAGAAAAGAAAUAUUAGAGAGAAAACAUUGGAAGGAAGAGAAGAAAAUCAUAACUAACUACAAAAGAGAAUCUUCAACUUAAUUUCUUCCCAUAUAUAUAUAUAUAUCACUCUUUCACUUACUCACACUCACAUUUGAUCCAAAGAACAUAAACCCAUUGAAUGUUUUUGAUAUCAGAAGAUGAAGAUGAAGAACCAUCAUCAAAGUUAAGAGCAUAGCUAGAAGGGUCAUACUGAAAUGAGAAAUGUCUUUUGGAGCCAUUAUUCUUGGUAGCUUUCUUCAAUGCAGCUUUCAGUCUAAAAAAGAGGCUCUUCAAACUCAACUGCUGAAGCUUCUUCUUCUUCUUACUGUUUACAUUAUUAAACCAGAACAAAUUUCCAACAUAACCCAUUUUUUCAUAUGAGAGCUUUAGAAGCUAAAAUCCCCAACUGAGUUGACAAAUGGGUGUUGACUGAGAGAGAGAGAGAGAGAGAGAGAGAGAGAGAGAGAGAGAGAGAGAAGAGGUUUAAAAAAGUGGUAAUGGGCAAAAUGAGAGUAACAAGAAAAAGAAAGGGUUUUUAAAGAGCUUGGAAUGGAAUGAAAUGACAUGAAAAGAAGGAAAAAAAUCCAAACUUUUGAAAAGGGUAAUUAGAUAUAAAGAUGAAAGGGAGCAAGAAGAAGUAAAGUUUUGAUUUUUAAUUCUUUUAUUGUUUCAAAGGUGUAAUCUUUAUUUUGUGGGUUUCAAAGAAGCUAUGCUGCUCUUCUGCAGGCCUCAACUGUUGCCCCCCCACAGUGAUCUCUAUUUUCUUUUCCUUUCUUUCUUUUUCCUGGAAAAUCACAUUGGGAUGCUCAAAUUCCAUCAUCAUCACCCAAAGACACUACAAACUAGAGAGAGAAAGAAGGAAGGGGGUGUUUGUUGUGUUGUGUUAUCAACAACAUCAGAAUGUGGUUGUAGAUAAUCAUUGAUU